AUGGCCGCUGGACGCACCAAUGUCUUCUUCGUGCCGUACAGGCCCAAUUCCAGAUCGCCAAAGCCGUCCUCGGGUGAACCUGCCAUGUCCCAGCAGAAGCAUGCUGCUCGCGAAUACCAUCGAAAGGCCAAGCUGGAACGUCUCGCUAAACUAAACGCCAUACAUAACCGCGAUGCACGCAGCUCUAGUGAAGAUCCUCCGCCUGAUGUCCCUUCUCGACCGCCGCUGCACCGAAACCAGAGUUUCCCCAGUGACAGGGACCUCAACAGGACAUUUGCCGUGUUUGAUGUCGGGACGGGAAUAUUUGACCCCUUCAAUGCCAGUGUUCCCAGCGGUGUCCCUUCGUAUGCGCUUGAAAUUCUAGACUAUGGCCGGUCCAUUCUCGAAUCUGGUAUCGCACUUUGUCUAGCGCACUAUCCAGUCUCACAGGAAGGCGUGAAUGCCUCGCCCAGCCAAUCGCUCGCAGCUACGCAGCAAUGGAGAAUACUCGGCUCCUCCAGAAGCGUCCUUUCAGAGGGGAGUAUCAAGAAUGCUGUGCUGGCAUGUGCGAUGCAGUCUCCCGCCGCAUUUUGGUCAAUCAUAUUUGCAGGCGCAACCCACAAUGCCUAUCUCCAGGGCGAAGCAGACACCCCGAGUCGUAACCGAGCGCUACGCCUAUCAUACAAGACUCAAGCCAUCAGGGAACUGAAUCGGGAGAUCCAAGAGCUGCAAGGCCCAGCUUCCGACGAGCUCCUUCUUGCCAUUGUCACGCUGGCGGCUCACGGGUCCGGCGAGCAAUUAAGGCCCCCCUCGCAAGAGGAGAGCCUGAGCGCAUUGCAGUCGGUCCAGAGUUUUCAAUACUACGCCCGCAUGCAAAAGGAAGCGGCACAUCUGAACGCGAUCUGUCAUCUGAUUUAUCAGAAAGGAGGUCUGCAUACCGUGAAAAUGCCCGGACUGGCAAAUGCCCUGGCUUUGGCCGAUAUAUUCUAUGCUUUUCAAGAUAUGUGUGUGCCUGCAUUCCCACUGCUGGCGCCAACAAGCCUGGUUAUGUCGUCAUGGCCUGAGACUCCCGCGGCUCUGGUCCCGUCUCUCCAGACCUUGGCAAGUGGUUUCGAAGAUCUUGGGGAUGUUAUCGGCUUGGCUCCGUUGUUGCAAGUUAUCCACUACGUUCGCCUGAUCACGAUUGGAUUUGACGCAUAUCUAUCUGGAAACCCUUCGGCGCCGUCUCUCAACCAAAUAGUCUGGGCCAGAAACUUCAUGACGCACGACCUGCUCUCCCUUCCCUCCAAGGGCUCUCUUUCUGCACAACGGCAUGACAGCAGCACGUCGGACGUCAUGACCCACAGCUCGCCACUCCACUCACUAUACAACCUUGUCCGUCUCUCGACUAUGGCAUAUACACUUCUGGUGCUCUUUCCCGUCCGCUGCACUGCAGAUAUUCAUCAGAAACUGACGCGGGAGCUUAUGCUCGCACUGGACGACUGCACGGUGUUGGAACUCUGGACCACGCAUCCUCAACUGUUACUCUGGAGUACAGUCUUGGGGGGUUUGGUCGCCAAGGAUACGAGCCUGAGGCCAUGGUUCGCCGAGAUGAUCAGGCAAGCGAGGACAAAAAUCCCAGAUCUGGCACUCACAGACUCGAGGGGUCAAAGCAGGAGUCGGCAUUCGAGUUAUCAUUCAACCCCGUCAAGCGAGGCCGGCACUCCGGGGGAGUCGGGCGCGUUGUGGGCGGCGGUAAGAGACAUCUGUCGCCACUUCCUCUGGUUCGACGGCCCUGAAUGUGACGGUCUGGGCCGAGCGUUCUGGGAGGAAGCGUGCGACAAUACGCAGUUUCGCGCGAUGAGCUAG